AUCAAACAGUACCGGGGCGCGACAUCAGUCGCUGCCGAGCUCUCUAACAGCCACCAUAGUCAACAGCAUUCAAUUGUAGUGUAUUAUUUGUGUAUACAGUAUACAUUUGUGUUCAUAUAUACCAACGAUGUCGUCAACAAAGGUGCUGGUUUGCGCGUUAGUGGUUGUGUGCAUAAGCUUGAGGCAUGGACUGGCCGCGCCCGCGCCACAAGAAGACGGACCACCCACACCGUACGAAUAUAAAUACGACGUAGAAGACCCAGAGAAGACGUUAUAUUUCGGCGCUAACGAAUCUGGUGAUGCACAAGGGAAAGUCGUCGGAGGGUACCGAGUAUUGCUUCCUGAUGGUAGACUCAUGAACGUUGAAUACACGGUCGAAGGUGAGAGCGGUUUUGUCCCCAAGAUUACCUUCGAGAAUAACGCAAACCCAUUCGGCCAGGGCAAGUGAACAUGACGAUGUAAAUAACAACAAUCAUAUAAGUCAAAAAUU